AUGACAAAAUUCAAGGGUCUUCAGCUUCACCAUUUACCCCACGAUGUUCUGCGUAUCAUACUGUCGAGAUUGACAUUGAAAGAGGCUGUGCGGAUGAGCAUACUAUCUAGGAGGUGGAGGUGCCUCUGGAAAUGCUACCCGAAGUUAGUAUUCACCAGAGCCACGAUGCGCGGAAGCAAUGCCGUGGUAGGCCGUCGAAAACCCUUACGGACAAGGUUUAUCAGGGGUAUCAAUAGCAUCCUCCGGCAGUUAAGGUCCACUAACCUGAACAAGUUUGUGGUUAAGUUUGCGCUUCGCAAAAGGCACACAUCUCACAUUGAUAGAUGGAUCAAAUUUUCUGCCACAUCAAAAACGAAGCAUGUUGUCAUGGAUCUAUCUCCAGGACUGAAAGGCAGUAGCAAAAGAGAUGAUAUGUACAGUUUCCCACUGCAUCUUUUCAGUGGCUCCAGUGGCUCUUGUGUCAGGUCUCUUAGUCUAGCAUUUGUCUAUUUAACACUGCCUCCUGAUCUCCAUGGAUUUGCAAACCUUAAGAAGCUCUCUUUGCAUAUGGUGACCAUUACAGGAGAACUCCAGUGUUUGUUUCCUGAAUGCGCUGUUCUUGAGUGGCUAAGCAUCACCAAAUGCAGGAUGGUUGGGCUAAGCAUAGGGCAGGAACCAAGCCGGUUGCAAUAUCUGUGCGUGAAGAUCUGUAGCCUGCAGAAGUUGGAUAUACGUGCUCCAAACCUCACCACACUUGUCUUCGCUGAUCUGAUGGUACCUAUCAUGCUUCAUGAACCUCUGAAGAUUUCCGAGGCAACGGUCAGCUUGUUCUCAGCCUCGGACUGUUUCAAUUACGUCUGCACUGAUGUAGUCAAUGCCCUUUCGCACGUCCAGUCUCUCUCCAUAUAUUUUCAGAUAAACACCAAGGUUCAGGGGUUUGUCAAAAACCCUACAAGGCUCACCAACCUGAGACAUUUGACCUUAGAGAUCAAUAUUGCUGGGGGGCCAGAAGCUGCUGGUGGAGUUCUUCGCCUGGCUUACCUUUUGGAGUUGGCCCCUCUUUUGGAAGACUUGGUAAUUCAUAUGUGCUGUUUUGCCUCAGCGACCCACAUCUGGGAACCGAGUGUGGAUCCCUCCCCGUUGCCUCCGCACAAUCAUCUCAAGACUAUCCGAAUGACGGGGUUUUACGGUUUGAAUUGUCAGCUCGAGCUGGCACACCAUCUUCUUCGGAACACAGCCUCUCUUGAGCGUAUGAUCAUAGAUCCGGUGGUGGGGAAUAACUCAUUUAUUCCAUCUCUGAAGGCAGCAGAGAGAUACAUGCGUGAUGGUAGGGCGUUGGCCUUUGCUAAACUUUGGAGGAAGGGGUUCGACGGGGUCCUUACCAUUCUAUGA